AUGUCAAGAUGCCCUUUACUGUUCAGUUACGUUAACUAUCGUCUGUCUACUGUCUCAACUAGUGGUCCUGUGACUAGCACUACUACUGUCUCAACUAGUGGUCCUGUCACUAGCACUACUACAUCCUCUUCAUCUGGCCAGUGUUCGGGUGACUUCUGCGUUGCUGAUAGGACGACGUUCCCUAACCUCCUCCCGGCGGGCCAAAUAACUACCGAGUCCUUCAGUUUCACUGACUAUGGUGCAUGGUACCUAGCUGGUUACUCUAGUGAUGAUGGUAUCCGUAUGCUUUGGAGACUCCAAUGCAACCAAUGGCUACCUGUUGCCGAGAAGACUAUUUCUAAUAUCGAGGCUUCGGGCAACGAUAUGUUCGUGUUUGGCAUCAGCGAGAGUGACGUUGGUGUUUUUUACCCGAAGAAUAACAAUGCUUAUCGUAUAAUAGCUCAGGCGGAUCCUUCCAAGGAGUAUACUGGAGUCACCUUUUAUCAACACUCAAAUAUUCUAUAUGUUACCGAAAAGGCUACUGGGCACUACUACGGUUCCAACUAG